AACAAUUUAGGAUUAAGGAGGAAAGGUUAGACAGCUUAGAACAAGGCUUUAUUUCAUCACAAUCAUAUGUGAUCCAUGCCCUUCCCUACUUACCUUCAAGAUUUUAAGUACCAUAUCAAGCAUCUCCAGUUUUUACUUCUCUCUCUAGUCUUUUUUAGUCUAAAGUCUUCACCUCACUCUUAUCCUAAAACACAAAAUUCCCACCCAAGUAAACCCUCUUCUCAACUAUAAGUACCCUUCACAAUUAUUUUUUUUCCAAAACGUGGCACUCCAAACACUUCUCUCUCAUAAUUCUCUCUCUAAAACAUUGUUAUCAAAACCCUAACUUGAGAGUAUCUUCCAUCACACAUGACACGCGGGCUGAGACUCCUCCAAUCCGCGGCAGCGCCACCGCCGGAGGCCGUGGCGGCCGCUGUCGAGUCCGACUUUGUCGUGAUCUUGGCGGCGCUCCUCUGCGCCCUCAUAUGCGUGGUAGGCCUCGUCGCCAUCGCGCGCUGCGCCUGGCUCCGCCGGGGAACUGCUGGAAGCUCCGCCGCCGGAGCCGUAUCAUCGCCGGCGACGGCGAACAAGGGCCUCAAGAAGAAGGUGGUGAAUUCGCUGCCGAAGUUCACCUACGCCGACGACGGCGACCGGCGCAAGUGGUCGGAGUGCGCGAUUUGCCUGACUGAGUUCGGCGCCGGCGACGAGGUCCGGGUGCUGCCGCAGUGCGGCCACGGGUUCCACGUGGCGUGCGUGGACACGUGGCUAGCGUCGCACUCAUCGUGCCCCUCGUGCCGCGCGCCCUUCGCUGUCGUCGCACGCUGCCAGAAGUGCGGCCACUUUCCGGCGGUUGCAUCCGCCUCCGCCGCAUCGGAGUCCAAGGCCGUCGGUUGCGACAAUGCCGCCGUUAGCGCUGCGAAUGCUAACCGUAAUAAUGUUAUUAUUACGAAUGGGUUUAGUAAUUACGGUUUCUUGCCAUGAAAGCCGGUCUAGUAAUUACGGGUUCGCAUGUAUUAUUGUAGAUAAAGAUUAAGAGCUUUAUUCGUCAUAGUGCUUCUUAUCUAUUAGGAAUUUACGGGUAAUCCUCUUUCUUUUGUAGUAAUUUGUAUAGAGUCAAUUUUUUUCGGCAUGGAUAAGAAAUUAAGAAUUGCAAGCUAGUAUAAUUUGUGUAACA